ACAUGUGAAGCAUGUAAACAACUAAUCUCAAGGAGCCAAAGGCGACGCAAUGCUCGGCGGUGACCCAGAAAUUAAGCUCUUUCUCAUUGCUUGAAUUACAGAGAGGAGACAUGGAUGUUAAAGUGAAUUUAGAAGAGGCCAAGAAAUUAUUGUCAGUGCCGGAAUCAUGCCUCAGGAAAGUAGAAGGAGAAUUGACAGUGCUGGUUCAUCCCAUGCACUCCAGCAACAUCAAGGAAGGUGUAUUGGAAGAGCUCAAGGCCUUGAUAAAACGGUAUUCGAAAGAAUUAAAGGGAAUACCCAUGGCUUAUGAGAAGAUACAGUUGGUUUCGAGCAAUGGAUGGUUGUUUGAUACAAAUCCUUUCCAUCAUGUUGUAGUUCGAGCUAUGUUCUAUGUCUUUACUCCCCAAAUUGGCAACAUAUUAGAAGCUACUGUGAAAAAGAAGUCAAUAAAUCAUGUGGGUUGCCUUGUUCAUGGAAUGUUCAAUGUGUCAGUCCCCAGACCACAGGAAGAGGCAGUGGAGAAUUGGUGUGGCACUUGUGUGCAGGAAGGAGACGUUGUAAAACUUACCAUUACAGAUCUAAACGUGACCACCUACAUUCCGUACAUCAAAGGUGAAUUGGACCCAGACAGAGUUCAAGAGUUGGUAGAUGCCAGACGUGAGGAGGAGGAGCAGAAGGCCGAAGCUAACAAGAAAGUCACUUUUGAUGACGACAGUGGAAUCAGUAGUAAUGAUCAUGAGGAAAAUGUUGUACCAGAAGUGAAGAAGAAAAAGAAGAAAAACGUGAGCUGCAGUGACAGUGAUGACCAGAAUAACACUGUAAUGGAUGACUCGGAGGAUGCAACUGAAGUAGAUGGCACUCAGGAAUCCCAAAAGAAAAAGAGGAAAAGGAACCAGGAAGAUGGAGAAGCUUCUAACGUGUUUUUAUUAAACGAUGUAGAAAAGAAAAAGAAAAAGAAAAAGAAGCAAAAGCAAUACCAAGAGAGUGAUGAUGAAGUUGACCCAGAAGAGAAGACUGAAGAGAAUGACAUACUUGACUCCUUAUUAAAUGAGAGUAGUAUUAGUAACUCUGAUGCUACACCCAAAAGAAAAAAGAAGAAAGGAGACAAGUUAGAUGAAGAAGAAACCCCCAUUAAAUCCUCAUUAAGUGGUUCGGAAAGUAAAGAAACCAAAAAGAAAAAGAAAAAGCACAAGAAAAGAAUUGAGUCAAGUGAUGUAGAUGUUGAAGAAAAUGACUUAUUGGACUCUUUGUUAAAUGAGAGUAUUAAUAGUAACUCUAAUGAUACACCCAGGAGAAAAAAGAAGAAGCAAGACAAUUUAGAUGAGGAAGAAGCCACCAAUACAUUGUCAUUAAGUGAUUCUGAAACUAAAGAAACAAAAAAGAGAAAGAAAAAGCACAAGAAAAGAAUGGAGUUGAGUGAUAUAGAUGUAGAAGAAAAGGAUACAGAAGAAAAUGACUUUAGGGAUGUAUCUAGUAAUUUACUGAAUGAAAGAAUGGCUAGUGAUUACAAUACCACGCCCAAAAGAAAGAAUAAACAAGCUCUAGAGAGCGAAGAUGUCGAUAAAUUUGUUUUAAAUUCUGAUUCCAAGUCUGAAGAUGAAAAGAAGAAGCAUAAGAAAAAUAAGCAUAGAGCAGUAGAACCAAGGGAAGAGAAUGAAGUUAAUUUAGAUGAGAUGUUGGAUGACUUGAUGAAGGAAAUGUCCCCAUCUAAGCCUAGUGGCAAAACCCCUGAUGCUGUGAAGCCAACAAAGUCCAAGAAACGCAAAGCAGAUGAAGAUCUGAACAGUAGCAGAAGUAGCAAGAGGAAGAAAGUAUAAAAUCCCUUUAUUUUAUCUAGCUGGUUUUACAUUAUUUCCUGGAUUGAGACUCAAAAAUUAUGUUGUCAAGACUGACUUUAUAAUCACCCAGAUGCCAAAUACUUGCAGUUCUAUGAAGUGUAACAUUUCUCACCUAUUGAGUGAACUAUCAGCUGUUCUUGCUGUUCAAUUGUUGUACACAAUUUGAAUGAAUAUUGAAAAAUUUAAUUCGAAGUAAUUGAAAAACAAGGGCCAUGUAAAUAUGACCUUCAUGAUCAUUCAUGACAAUACGGUGACUUUUUUUUUGUUUGUUUGUUUAUUAAAUCAGGUUUACAUAGUCAAACUUAGUUUCAUUUAGCCAUAUCCUUCAGUCAACUCAUUCACACACACAAACACAUCUCACAUAAUCUCUCAUUCAUCUCUCUCUCUCACAUUCUCACAAUUACUCACUAUCUCACAAACUAUUAUUUUUUCCUACUUACAUCGAUGUAUGUUGGUUCAGUUCUAUAUAUUCUAACAAAUCUUGUGCUGAAGUGCCAGCCCCCUACUGAAGAGUGCUUCAUGUUUUCUAGCAUCACUUACUAUUCCAGCCCUUCCUGAACUUCAACUCAUACCAUUCAGAUUGUUCAGAUUUGUUCUUUCUUUCUUUCUUUUUCUUUUUUUUGAGAAUGUCAUAUCACUUCAUAAUUCCUCUUUGAGUCAUUAAUAAUUUUUUUUCUGUUGCACCAUCUUUUAGUGCCAGACCAUGUAAUUAAUCAAGAUCAACUAUACUUAACUCAAUUUAUACAGUAAGAACAGGCUGAAUGUAAGCACUGAAUACUUAAAACAGUACUUAUCAAAUAAUGGCCAUUCCGGUGCAUAAAAGCCUAUAUUCUUUCAAGAACUUCAACAUCACAUGGUGAAAUUACAAAAAUGUCAUCAGAGGAAAUCGCUCUCUCUUUGUUAAUAAGGAUGAAAUAAUACUAAAUGAUGAUGUCAUACAAUAUUAAACCAUAAAAUAGA